UCCUUUACUUUUGCUUCUCAUUUCUACCACUCAAACCUUCAUAGUUCAUAACCUCUUGUUAAUUUUUUUUCUUUGCUUUCUCUCUUCUAUCUUCAACUCAUCAUCAACACAAACACAUAGACACUCUUUUCUCUUUCUAUCUUGUUGAUGUGAUUCUCUUCACUAUUAUCUCAUAAAGAAAAAAAAACUUCAACGAGAGGAAACAUGGUUUUUACUUCAAUACCAGCAGCUUAUCUUGAUGCAGCCAACUGGCAGCAACAGCAACAGAACCAUCAUCAACAACCAGGAAACGGCGGCUCCGUCUCUCAACAACUGCUUCAGACUCAGACACCACCGCCACAACAGUCACAGUCUCAACCUCAUGGAGGAGGAUCCACUGGCUCAAUUAGGCCAGGAUCGAUGUCCGAUAGGGCAAGGAUGGCAAACAUGCCUAUGCCGGAGACAGCACUGAAAUGUCCACGUUGUGAAUCAACCAACACAAAAUUUUGCUACUUCAACAACUACAGUCUCUCUCAGCCCAGACACUUCUGCAAGACUUGCAGAAGGUACUGGACAAGAGGUGGCGCUCUAAGAAAUGUCCCAGUCGGUGGAGGCUUCCGGAGAAACAAAAGAUCAAGCAAAAGUAGCAACAAUGGAAACUCAACAAAGUCUCCGGCAAGCUCUGACCGCCAAACGGGGAGUGCUAGUUCAACAAACUCAAUAACCUCCAAUAACAAUAUCCACUCUUCCGCCGAUAUAUUAGGCCUUACACCUCAAAUGUCAUCAUUGAGGUUCAUGACACCUUUACAUCAUAACUUCAGUAACCCUAAUGAUUUCGUCGGAGGAGGAGAUUUAGGGUUAAACUAUGGUUUUAGUUACAUGGGAGGAGUAGGUGAUUUGGGAAGUGCUUUAGGAGGUAAUUCAAUUUUAUCAUCAAGUGGUUUGGAGCAAUGGAGGAUGCCAAUGUCAAUGACUCAUCAACAGCAUCAAUUUCCUUUUUUGGCUAAUUUGGAGGGUACAAAUAGUAAUUUGUACCCUUUUGAAGGAAAUGUUCAAAAUCAUGAAAUGAUAACUAGUGGUGGAUAUGUGAGGCCAAAAGUGAUUUCAACUUCUGGAAUUAUGACUCAACUUGCUUCUGUGAAAAUGGAAGAUAGUAUUAAUAGGGGCUUUUUGGGAAUUAACACAAGCAACAAUAACAGUAAUCAAGGAAGUGAACAAUUUUGGAAUAGUGCUGUUGUUACUGGUAAUUCUGCAGCUAAUUGGACUGAUCAUGUUUCUGGUUUUAGUUCUUCUUCUAAUACUACUAGUAACCAAAUGUAGAAUUUUAUAGUAUUUUGUGUGAAGUGAAGUGAAGCUUAUGGUUUUGGUUAGUGGCUUCAAUUUCAGUAACUUAAAGAGAUAAAUUUCCAUUCAAAAUAGAUGAAUUGGUCAAGGGCUUUGAGGAGUUGAGUUUAGAUCAACUGAAAACCCUAGGGAUGUUAGAUUUUAUUUUUGUUCUUUUAAUAUGUCUUUCUUUCAUUUUAAUAUGUUACUUCUAAGUUUUAAUAUAGGGUUUAGGUUUCUUUAUAUGAGAAGGUUGAAUAUAUAUAUAGUAACAUUGUGAGUUCAAAGGAAUGGAUAUUAUCAAUAUUUUGGGUUCAAUGUUUGAUUUAA